AUGAUUUUAUUCAUUUUCGUAACAAUUCUUCUAAGUAUCACUGUUGAACAUUGUCAAGCAAUACAUGAUAAUACAGAUUCUAGCGAAAAUGAAAUGAAAAUAACUCAGCUAAAAGCAAAUAGUCGACUUCUUCAGCAAGGUCAUUAUUAUCGUCGUAUUCGUCGCCAAUCAGAAGAAUCAAUAUCAAGUCUUGAUACAGCUGCAACAGUUCUUUCAAUUCUUCCGUUAGAUCGUAUAGGUGCUAUCGUUGGUCAAAUUAUGUCAACUGGUCUUAAAGAAAUGUUUAAUCCAGAAGUUGGAAAAAAAAUUGUUAACGUUUUAGAAAAUCAAGGACCAUUAUUAUUAACAUCACUUUUCAGUAAUCUUUUCACAACUCUUGCUAUUCCAGGAAAGAUACCACCAAAACCGAAUCCAAAUCCAAAUCCAAAUCCAGCAACAUCAUCAAUAAUAAAAAAUACUAAUAGUCCUAUUCAGUUAAGUAACAAUUCAAUAUCAGAAUUAGUGGGUGCUCUUCGACGUCCACCAGCCAAAUAA